AAACAAAUACACCGGACCAUAUUAUUUUUCUGUUAACGGUUUCUUGUAAGCCUCAAAAAUCUCAAAGGACACAUAAAUCUUCCUUAUAUAAACACUCUUAUUUCUCUUCCUCUACCUUCUACCCUCUCCCUCAAAACUGAACUCCCAAAGCACCAUUUUGGCUUGUUAAGCCAUGAAGAAGCAGAAGACCUUGGAAUUCGGUAAUAGCAACAAAAGCAGUAAUAACAUCUUUGACCUCCUCUCUGAAGAGAUUGUUUUCACUAUCUUAGAUUUCCUCAACACAAACCCACUUGAUAGAAAAUCGUUCUCUUUAGUUUGCAAAUCAUUUUACUCAAUAGAAUCCAAGCAUCGCAAAACUCUUAAGCCUCUGCGACAAGAACACCUCCCUGGAAUGCUCAACAGAUACCCAUAUGUAUCCCACCUCGAUCUCUCUCUGUGUCCUCGAAUAAACGACAAUACAUUAACGGUCAUCUCAAAUGCCUGCAAUGAUUCGUUGAGGUCUAUCGAUCUUUCGCGUUCUAAGUUCUUUUCUUACAAUGGGUUGAUGAGUUUGGCUUUGAAUUGCAAGAACUUGGUAGAUAUUGACUUGUCGAACACAACGGAGCUGAGGGAUGCGGCCGCGGCGGCCGUGGCGGAGGCCAAGAAUCUGGAGAGACUGUGGCUGGGGAGGUGCAAGUUAAUUACAGAUAUGGGUAUUGGGUGUAUUGCGGUUGGGUGCAAGAAAUUGAGAUUGAUUAGUUUGAAGUGGUGUUUAGGUGUUACUGAUUUGGGGGUUGGCUUGAUUGCUGUCAAGUGUAAGGAGAUCCGCAGUUUGGAUCUCUCCUAUUUGCCUAUUACAAAUAAGUGCUUACCAUCCAUUUUGAAACUCCAAUAUCUUGAAGAUUUGGUUAUGGAAGGAUGCUUUGGUAUUGAUGAUGAUAGCCUUGCUGCCCUCCAACAACAUGGGUGCAAAACGCUGAAGACACUUGAUGUCUCAAGUUGUCAGAACAUUACUCAUGUUGGUUUGUCUUCCUUGAUCGAUGGCGCUGGAGGUUUAGAGAAACUGAUUUUAGCAUAUGGCUCUCCUGUUACUCUACCACUUGCCAAUAGUCUGAGAAAGCUUUCAGCGUUGCAAUCAGUCAAGCUAGAUGGUUGCAUGGUUACCUCUGCUGGACUGAAGGCCCUUGGAAAUUGGUGUAUAACACUGAGGCAGCUGAGCUUAAGCAAGUGUUUGGGAGUGACUGAUGAAGGUCUCUCUUGUAUUGUAACCAAACACACAGAGUUGAAGAAGCUAGACAUCACAUGUUGUCGCAAAAUAACUGACGUUUCUGUUGCCCGCAUUACGAAUUCCUGCACAAACCUCACUUCUCUCAGAAUGGAGUCAUGUACCCUGGUUUCUAGAGAAGCAUUUGUAUUAAUUGGACAGUGGUGCCAGUUGCUUGAGGAGCUUGAUUUCACAGAUAAUGAGAUUGAUGACGAAGGCCUGAAGUCAAUUUCUAGAUGUUCCAAACUAUCCAGCUUGAAAUUAGGAAUUUGCCUGAACAUAAGUGACGAAGGACUUGCUUAUAUUGGCAGGCAAUGCAUGAAACUUACUGAGCUUGACUUGUACAGGUCUGCUGGAAUAACUGAUUCAGGGAUUUUAGCAAUUGCUUCUGGUUGCCCUGACCUUGAGAUGAUUAAUAUAUCCUACUGCAAAGAUAUUACUGAUAGUUCUUUGAUAUCACUAUCAAAAUGUGUGAGAUUAAACACAUUUGAAAGUCGAGGAUGUCCUCUGAUCUCAUCUUUGGGGCUAUCAGCCAUUGCUGUGGGAUGUAGGCAACUCAUUAAGUUAGACAUAAAGAAGUGUCACAAUAUUGAUGAUGCGGGGAUGCUUCCGCUUGCUCACUUUUCUCAAAACCUCAAACAGAUUAAUUUAUCGUACAGCUCAGUUAUGGAUGUGGGGCUCUUGUCCCUUGCCAGCAUCAGCUGCCUGCAAAACAUGACUGUCUUGCACUCGAAGGGCUUGACUCCAAGUGGACUGGCUGCUGCCUUGUUGGCAUGUGGAGGUCUAACAAAAGUGAAGCUCCAUGCAUCUUUUAAAUCAUUGCUUCCCUUGCCUCUUUUUGAACAUCUGGAAACACGCGGUUGUGUGUUCGAAUGGAGAGAUAAAGAGUUUCAGGCUGAAUUGGAUCCCAAGUGCUGGAAAUUACAGUUAGAAGAUGUAAUUUCAUAAAUAAUUUGAAGGGUGCAUUUGUCAGCAAAUAUAAAUUCCAUAGCAGUGAAGACUGAAGUAAGGCCAAGUCCAGAGCGUAUUGGAAUUUUGGGUUGUGAUAUUCAUGUAAUCCCUUUUGUAUUGCAGUGCACGAGAAAAGAAAAUUCACGUUAGCUUUUUAAGUUAAUGCUUUUUGAAUGGCAAAAUAGAUGUUCUCUGUAGUAAGAAACAUGUAACCCAAAAGGAGUGUAAAGUCUGUCCCUUGAAAAAUGUAUGUUCUUCUCUCUUUAUCCAUUUUGUUCCUACGACUAUUUUUCUUCACGUGUGAAUUACUAUUCAUUCUGUCAA